AUGGCAGAUGACAAUACUACAAAAGCAUCAAAAAAGAGAAAGCUCACUUUUGACAAUGAAAUUUUGAGUCCUCUAAAUCUUCAAUCAAUAGUUAACAAACAAAAGAUAUCUACUACUGUAAUUGAGAAAUUUUGGCAACCUUUGGAUUCUGUGAAUGCACAAUCGAUGGACGAUAUCAUGAACAUUGCUUUAUUGAAAACACUAGAUGAGCUGCAUAGCAAAGUCAGCAGGAGUAUUACAAACGUUUGGUUUAAUUCUGCUAACCCGGAAUCUUUCAAAUCACGUUUAUUACAAACAAAGUUACCACCGCCUAGUUCUAUGUACAGUUCUAAAUUAAGGAUACGGGCAAAUGAAGUUGCAGAUGUCUUAAGUUAUGACUCCUUGACGAGAAAGAGAACAGUUUUGGAAACAUAUUUACUGGCAGAAUUGAAACAAUUGCAAGAGCUAGAGAACCAUUACAAUCAGUCAUUAUUGGCAUACAAGCUGGACUUGGAAUAUUUAAAAAAGUUUAAGUCAACAGUUAAAAACAACGAGAUGAAAUACAAUGAUGACUUAGAACGCAAGCAUGAAGAAUUAAAUCUAAGUGUGCAAGAUAAAAACCCAGAUGAUAUAUAUUUAUUGUCAACUGAUAAUGAUUUUGAUCCUGAGACUGAUGAUGAUAUCAAGUUUAUUCUUGAAACAAUACAGGAAAAAUUGCUUCGGUCGAAAUUAAAAACCUUAAAUGAUAAGUUGGAAGUGUUGUGUAAUAUUUUAGCUUAA